CGUGAUUUUCUGUUGCUUCGUGUGUUCCUUGUGAUGAUUUCGAUGUACACAUUCGGCGAUCGCGAGUCUAUUGGGUUUCGGAUGCAACACCUCAUGGUCGUGCAUACAGACUUGCGUUGCACCUCGACGUACACCUUCAUGUCCCAUCUCCCCAACAUGAGCAAGUGCUUCCUGCCCCACGAGAAUUUGACAGAUUUGUAUUGAUCGUCGGAUGAUCAGAAUUUCUGUCAUGUUGCAACGCUCAGGAACAGCGACAGUUGUAACAUGCAAUCUCAUUGUACCUACACAGCUGGGUCAAUUCCGCAAACACAUAUAUCCAAUAUGUUUUCUCAUCUUGCCCUGUCUAUCCUUCACUCACACUCCUUCCAUCCAUUUCUCCUCGUCGUUUUUUCCUUCCUUCUUUGCUUCCGGCCCUGAUCUUCCCAUUGACUUACGACCGGGCACCGCCGAAAAUGCCUUCCACUCGCUCCUUUCUCACUUUCUCGCUCCUUGCACUCUUCUCCCCACUCCUAACUUCUGCCAUUCCUCAAGGCUACGAAUACCCUCCCCCACCGCCCUCAAACCCAAAUCCAACAUCAUCAUACACACGUCCUUCCCUUCCACCAGGAAGCUACAUCCCCAGUCCUCUGCCCGAAUCGGAGAGUUACGGCCCUCCUCCAACGAAUGCGUACACCCCGAAACCACCAACACCUUUUCCUUGUCCCCACGAAAACAACAACCAACCUAUCCCCCACCCAAAUCCAGAAAACUACGUUCCUUCUGUGGCAAAUGAGUAUCCUUCGAGUCCGCCUCUUUCUCCCCAGGAAAGCUACGUUCUCACUCCUCCCGCUGAUUCACAAACCCACUCCCCUCCUCCACCACCCUCGAAUCCAGAACCUUACAGCCCACCACCUUCGUAUUCAGCUCCACCAAUCCACAGCCCACCAUCAUCACACGGAAACUCUUUUCCAACGGUGCCAGUUGUGUCGGCCUCGACGGCUAGCAAUUCAGUUCCAGAAUGUGGUAAAACGACGAGAACCCGCACGAGAACCGCCACACGGCUUUUCACUUCUACGUUUAUUUCUACGGUGGUUUCAGUAUCUACGGUCUCGACGGUGAUUAACUUCACCGUCCCUCUUACAAUUACUAUUCCUUACUCACCACUCUCAUCAACCACACUGCCGCCACCAUAUCCUGCAUCGCCGCCUCCAAAUUAUGGACAACCACCAGCGAGCUAUGGACAGCCGCCCAGCUAUUCACAACCACCAACCUGCAACUCAUCUCAGCCACUGAGCAACGCACAACCACCAUCCUACAGCCCACCAGCAAGCCAUGCCCAACCACCAACUUACGAUUCCCCUCCUCCUCCGCCUCCAAAUACUCAACCACCAAGCUACACCCCAUCCCAACCUUCAAGCUACGAGCCAGCUUCAUACGAUGAUGGAAGCAAUGGAGGAGAUCCAUACCAUGAUAGUGGAGACGAGGAAGAAACGGAUUCCUGGCGUGAGACUAGCCCACCUGGACAAAGUGGGGGGAAUGGGGGGCUUGGGGGUUUGCUUGGGGGAUUACUUGGGAUUUUGAGGUAGAAGAUUGGAUGAUGAGAGGGAGGAGAGAGUUGGGAGAGGGUCGGGGGAGACGGUGUGUUCUUGACU